GUAGACAUGUUUUUAGAUAGUUUAUUCUAUUUAAUGUAAAAAUGAAGGUUUGUCGCCCUUAUUUGUUGUCGAUGACGUGAUACGGGCAGUAGUCAUUGGUCAUACGGCAUUAUGUAUAAUUUAUGUUAAAAUACAGCAUACAUUUUUGUUAAGAAGAUAAAUCUUUAAAAAGAAUUAGAGUAUAAAAUACUUCGCAUCUAACAACUGGUAUUUUUAUUCGCAACCAGCAUAGUUUUGAAUUCCUCAUAAAACAGGAUUUUCUGGCCUAUGGGAACCAGAUUUCUUGGGAACCAGAUUUCCGCGACACCGGCAAAAAUAUAAAUUUGUGAAUAUUAUAUAUUUUUAAAAUGUUUAAAGUUUUCAGUACAAAUGGAAUUAAGUGUCUUAAUUGAUUACUCCCAAUCAGCGCGUUAUAACUUCUGCUCCAUACAGUUUAACGUGUACCAAGGGUAAUGUCUCGCUAAAAUUAUAUACAUCUGAAUCAAAACGAGUUACAUUGAAGCACGGCCUGCUAGAGAUAUCUUAAUUCGCAUAAUUUGUUAAUAGGCCUACACCCAAGUUAUAUCGUAUGAAUCACCACCAUUAAUAUAUGGAUCUAUGACAUUUUACUCUAACAGUUUUGAAAGGACUUGUUUUUAUUUGGAAUAAUCACUUGACAACUUCCCUAAACCAUUACUUUUGAAAUAAGUUUUAUUAUUAAUAUUAUGUUGCAUUGUAAGUAUUAAGUAAAAUAUGUGUCGCUUAUAUCAUUCUUUUUCAAACACAAAUCGUUGAAUGUUUUCCAUUCAACGUUUAUGAAAUUAUCAAAUAUUAGCUUAGAAAAGUAGGAGUUCUGUAGCGCUACAUGUGGAAAAAAUAUAUCAAACCCUACCCUAUAUAUAUAUUGAGGUACAGCAACAUACUUCAUUACAGGGGUAAACUGUUGGUAAUUAAGUCGAUAUAUGGCCAGAAAGUUAAAGUCCGUUUAUUUUGGCUGUGUGUUCGUUUUGUGCCUUUGUUUAGCCAGUUAUGUAUUUCUAUACACCAGCACAGUGACAGAGGUUUACGAUUCUUAUGGAGGUUCUUUGGAUACUUUGCAUGAAAGAAAAGCAAGCAACGAAAAGUCUGUUUUCGAUAAGGAUACUGCCAAAAUAUUGGACAAUCAGUUGCAGUUAGAUCGUCAAAAUGGUUCACACCGCCCUACAACAAAAAUAAUGCAAAGUAAAACCCCAAAAACUACUACCAUAUUCAAAAGUGAAACUGCCUCACCAAUAAUUAACACUUCAACCAAACGCAAGAUAGGUUUAAUUAUCGUUACCAGUAUGAGGUCAGGCUCAUCAUUUACAGGCCAAAUAUUCAACCAACAUCCCAAUGUUUUCUACUUCUUUGAACCUUUAUAUUUCCUGCUCGGAGAAUAUGGAUCACAAAGAAAGUUGGAAGUCUUGGAUAAAAUCUUUACGUGUAACUUUACCGGCAUGACGUCACUGUACGAUGACGUUAUUAACAGCAGUAGUCACCAAAGUUUCAAACGUGACGUCGAGAAUUGCCGCAAAGAUGGGUUUUGUUUUGGUCGCAACAGCAGAGCACUGGCGUCAACAAACGGUGGAAUAACAGACUGGUCAAAAAUAACAAGGGCGUGCGAAACCGCCGAACUAAGGGUCGUGAAAACACUAAGAAUCUAUAAGUUGUUUUGGUUGAAAAGAUUUUUUGACGACCCGGUUCUGGAUCUGAAAGUGUUGCAUUUGGUUCGCGACCCGAGAGCCGUCUUCGAAUCUAGGGCGCGAAUAUUUAACGCCAACGAAAGCAUGAAGGCUGUUGGCCACACAUGUGGCAUGCACCGCACUGUGGAGCAUGAGACUCGGGAUUGGCCGGGAAUAGCGGUAACUGCAAGAUAUGAAGAUAUAACAGCAAACCCACACAAGUUUAUAGAAAGUAUUUACCGCUUUGUUGGUUUGGCUAAACACCCGAACGUUACGAAGUGGUUGCGCGAACACACGGCGACGUCUGACAAUUCAACUUACGGUACGAGCAGGCGCGGUGAAACACAGCUGGGAAAAUGGCGGACGCAGAUAAAAUAUUUAAAUGCUCUUACUGUACAAGAAAUAUGCUUGGAUGUGAUGAUAAUGUUUGGCUAUAAGAAAAUAUCAUCAGAAACAGAAAUAAAGGAUUUAAAUUAUAACUUAUAUUCUAUUUAAAAAAGUCUCGUCUGCCAAAGUGUCCCAUCUUCUUACUAACAGAUGUAAUUAUGGGCUGACAAUAUCUGUGGUGUAAUAACGACGACACACCACACAAACAUGUUCGCAAUCUUACCAAGUUAAACAUCCUAACAAUGAAACUUAGAUUUUACAGUUUUACAUUAAGCAGGCAGUUGCAGUACAGUGAACAUAUUUGUUGCAAACUCAGCUUGAUGCCUUUAAUGUUAAACGCCCUUUUUAUCGCUCCAGUGUGAAACAUUCGGGCAUGUCCCUUACAUACUAAUAUGUCAAUACAAGCUGAAGCAUAGUUGUAACUUUUGUAACAAACGUGGUCAUAAUAAAUGUUUUAAAAGAACACAAUCGUGCAACACAUUACGUAAUAUGACGCUAUUAAUAACACAAUUCUUGUUUUGUCGUCCCACUUUCACGAAACACGAUGAUGUCACCAUAGUGUUGCUGGGCCUUUACCUUAUAAAGUAGAUUACUGCUGUUUAUUCUUCGUUAGCAAACCUGACAAGUUGUUCAAAGUGAUUAGAAAGAACCGUUUACAGUCAACAACAGAAUAAGAAUCUUAAUGUAAGAUGCCUCACAUUCAUAUUAGUGGCGGCAACGAGUUUCGUAUCUGCGUCACCAGUGGUUACGAAGGGGUGGUGGAGGGGAUGGUGCUGACGACUUUAUUAAGUAUGGAACCACAGCUUAAGGUGGAAAGAGUCACAGACGAUCAAAAGUUUCCCAAAUCUACGUCGUAUGUAGUAAAGCAAAGUCGGCGUGGUGAACUAAAAGAACAUCACUAUGAUGAAGCCAAACUAGUGGUGGCCUGGUGCGAUGCAUUGGAAGUUAAACAAUGGGAACUGAUAUCUAUGAACAUCAGUUGUAUAAGAUGCGACAGUGAAAGGUUUUCACUUCUGUUUCGUUUAAACAACAAUAAUAAUAAUAAUGUUGUGAAACGACAAGCAAGCAUGCCGCACUGACACUGUGCAUGAAACACUCAAUCACAUUGCUGUUAACUGGUUAUGUCUACCAAGAAUCGCUGAAUAAUAUAUAAAUAUAUGUGUACAUAUACAUACGUAUAUGCUCUUUUUCCCUUGUGUAUGGGCGCAUUAUUAAAAGACUUUGUUUUUCAUGGUUUGACGCCAUAUGUUUGAUCUUCAAUAUAUAGCGGCGUCGGUGGUA